CCCACCUUGAUCCAGAAUAUUUAAAGGAGAAAGCUGUGAUGUAUGAAAGGGAUGAGGAGGGGAUGGAGGAGUUCAUUAAUUCAACAGUUGGUAAAUCAGGCUUACCUACGAGGAAGGAUUUUGAGAAGAGAGAGGCUAGAAAGAGGGACAUUGCCAGGAUAAAGAAGUUAAAGGUAUCUGAUUUCCUGAAGGAAUAUGAGAAUCCAAUGGAACAUUUCAACUCCACAGCUAAACCUGUUACAGAUUCAUACAAGGCGAGCUGCAAGAAGUACUUGAGGAAGAAAUUUUCUUCAUCUCAAUCUCAAGACGUCAUUGACAGAGAGCUGAAGGAUAAAAACUACCAUUUUCUACCGACAUACAAGUGUUUAGAAUAUCUUCCAUCAACAAGGAAAGGAAAACGAGGUGGUAGACCUGGGCAGGAGGAAGAUGAUGUUGAAGGUUGGGAUCCAGGAUUCUUAAAGGAAUAUAUUUUCUUAAAAUUGGAAAAUAAGAUCCAGGAAGCAUUCAGUAGAGCAGAAGAGAAUAGGACUAGGAGAAUACAGGAGGCGAAAAGAAACGGUGGACUGUUUACCUGUGCCUGCUGUUUUGAUGAUGAAUGUCUGAUCACAGAGGUGUUCAUGUGUCAAUCAGAUCUUUUAGAUCAUAUGUUCUGUGGAUUGUGUAUACGGCGGGGUAGUGAGGUUCAGAUCGGAGAUGGAAGGACAAGGAUAAUCUGUUUCCAGGAACAGUGUGAUAAUGAGAUAGAGAUGCAGGUCUUGAAGCAAGUAUUGAAGGGGAAGGUGUAUGAGAAACUAAUGGAGAAAAGACAAGCUGAGGAUGUGGUGAAUGCUAAAAUUCAGGAUCUGGUUCAGUGCCCCCACUGCACCUAUGCUGUUAUUAUGCCAGACAAUGAGAAACUAAUCAGAUGUGGGAAUCCUGACUGUGCUAAAGUUUCUUGCAGACUAUGUAAGGAGGAGAAUCAUUUACCCCUGCGAUGUGAUGAGGUAGAGAAGGAUGAAGAGGUGAAAGCAAGAACUAAACUAGAAAACCAGAUGACCGAGGCAAUGGUCAGAAUAUGUCACAAGUGUAAGAAGAGAUUUUUUAAGACGGAAGGAUGCAAUCUGAUGCACUGUGACUGUGGUGCCACAAUGUGUUAUCUUUGUAGGAAACCGGUUCCCGACAAUUAUACUCAUUUCUAUGGUAUUGGAGCAAGUCCUAAACCAAAUCUUUGUCCUCUGUACUCAGACAAUGAUAAUCUACACAAGGCUGAAGUAUUGAAAGCUGCAAAGAGCGGGAAGGUUGGACUAGAAGGAAAACUAAAGAAUGAUCCAACUCUUAACAUUGAUCAACCUCCUCCAAACUAUGAUCCUAAUAAAAUCUACGCUAGAGGGGGUUAUCAGCACGGUGAUGAAUAUUCUGAUGACGAAGAAGACGGAAAUGAAGAAGAAGAAAACGUAGAAGAAGAAGACAGCGAGGAUGAAGAAGGAGGCGAAGAUGAUUAUUAUAUACGACGACAUCAACCUUUCUACAACUUAGAGGAGUAUGACGGGGGCAACGAGUAUGCUGUGCAAGCCGCUCUUCAUGAUCUAGAUGAAGAAGAUGUUGAUGAAGAAGAUGUUGAUGAAGAAGAUCUUGAUGAAGAAGAUCUUGAUGAAGAAGAUCGUGAAGAUGUAGAAUAUUUCGAGCUGUACGAUGGCGCUAAUGAGAUGCCGGAAGACGACUUUCAAUCACCUGCACAUGAUGACCAUUACUACUCUAACCGUAAACACCAUUCUGACUCUGAACAGUACUCAGAGGGCGAUGCAGAACAAAUGGAUGGAAUUGUAGUCGGCAAUAAUAAUGAUGGAGAUGUUAGUGAUGAAGAUGUUGAUGAUAUUGAUGAUGAAGAUGUAGAUAAUGAAGAUGUUGAUGAUGAAGAUCUUUUUGGAGAAGAUGUUAAUGAUGAAGAUGUUGAUGCUGAAUUUGUUGAUAAUGAAGAUGUUGAAGAUGAAGAUCUUUAUGGAGAAGAUCUUAAUGAAAAAGACGUUGAUGAAGAAGAUGUUAAUGAAGAAGAUGUUGAUGUAGAAGAGGGACACACUUCUCAAUAUGAAGAGUAUGAUGAUCAUACUGACGCUUUUAAUGAAGACUUCGAUGAAGACCACGACGAUAAUGGUUAUGAUUGUGAUGAUCACGAUUAUUUUGAAAUCUAGCAUUAUAAUUGUCUGAACUUUUUACAUGAAUUUUAAAAAAUUAAAAUAUCCUUUACUGUAUAGACGGUAUUUAAAGGUUGCUCAUAAGUUGAUAAAGUGCCUUAUAAAUUUGAAACUCAAAAAAUCUUAAACCAAUCUCUGAAUUUAAGAUUUGAGAUUACAUGCAUGUAUGUGAAUUAAAAUUAUGUUGUGAUAAAUUCAGUCAAAACUAAAUAAAUAUAAAUCGUA